AUCUUGUCUUGUUCAUGAAGAAGUAGAAGCAUCGAAAGGUUGGAGAGAAUUACAGGAACGGUGGCGACAGCGGUAUUCCGGAACCGGAGCGGGAGCUUAAAGGAUGUGGGAUCAAGGAGGGCAGCCGUGGCAGCAAUGGCCCUUGAACCAGCAACAGUGGAUGCAGUCAUUUCAGCACCAGCAAGAUCCAAGCCAGAUUGACUGGGCUGCUUUGGCCCAGGCUUGGAUUGCACAAAGAGAAGCCUCAGGACAGCAAAGCAUCGUAGAACAACCUCCAGGAAUGAUGCCAAAUGGACAGGAUAUGUCUGCAAUGGAGUCUGGUCCAAAUAAUCAUGGGAAUUUUCAAGGGGAUUCAAAUUUUAACAGAAUGUGGCAACCAGGCUGACAGGGGCUGGGAACACUCUGGAAACCUCACUUGGCGUCUAGGGAAAAGAGAGCACUCUUUGUCUCUCUGUUGCAACCUCUGGCCUUUUCAGAAGCAGCACUUGGCAGAGUAAAACAUGUCUAGCCUCUAAUUAAAGAAAAGUUGUGCCACUGUAUGACAAGCAAGCCUGUCAAAUGCUCUGCUCCUCUCAUCCAUCUACUUUUCCUCCUCCCAACCCAUUUUUCAGAUAGUGGUGACCUUCCCUAAGUUCUUGGCUGUUCUAUUUAUUUAUUUAUUUUUAAAGAAUUUUUUUUUUAUGUAGAUGAGUACAUUGUUGUUCUCUCAGACACACCAGAAGAGGGCAUCAGAUCUCAUUACAGGUGGUUGUGAGCCACCUGUGGUUGCUGGGAAUUGAACUCAGGACCUCUAGAAGAGCAGUCGGUGCUCUUAACCACUGAGCCGUCUCUCCAGCCCAUUACUUAUUUUUUUAAACUUCACAGUAUGAUUUAGAUUCUUUAAUGUUUACUCAGUUUUCCACGAAGGGGUUGAUAUUUUUAAUAAUCCCAUUACACUAUUUAUAGAGAUUGCACAUGUGAAUAUGUUGCUGCAGAAGUCAUAGUUUCUGUUUGCUAUUUUUAUUAUUUCUGUUAUUACUGGUGAGAUGGAAAACGGUAUAUUUUCAGUAUUACUUUAAAAAGAGUAACGAAUGUUCUCAUCUUUGAUAUGAAGUGAUUUACUUUUGUCUUUUAGAAGGCUGAAUUUUCCCACUUUUGAAGCGAUGUUAGUUUUCAAGUUAAAGUGUACUCAUCCCGGCAUCAGUGGUCCUCCUUUUACUCCUGCUGCCCUUAGCUUCUCUUCAUUGGCUUUCUCGGUGACACAAAGGAACUUAGUAACCUUUGUGUGGCUCAGUUUCCCCUUCUGAAAUUGACAGAUAAUACCAGAUUUCCCCCUACCUCACAGGGUUGUUGUGAGGAUAAAUGUGUUCAUGGAAAAAGAAAUAAUAUAAAAUCUAAGGUAUUCUUUUUAUGUUGUUACUAUUGAACAGUAAUAGCAGCUCAUCCAAGAGUUGUUUUGGGACUUGUUAAGUUUGUUAACACUUUUUGGAGCUGAGUGUGGGCUCACAUGCCUGUAAGUGCAGUGUUGGGGAGGCGGAGGCAGACAGGGCUCAUGGUGGAGGCCAGUCCUAGCUAUGUAGAAAUUUCAGCUUAGCUUGGUCUGCAUGGCAAGAUUCUUGUCUCAAAAUAUCAAACAAAAUAAUAACUUUAGGCAUUUUGUUUACAAUAUUAGAACAGAGUUAAUUACGUAUGGGAUAGUUUUUAAUUCAUUGCUUAUUUUAAGGUAAUUCAAAACAAAUUUGACCAAAAUGCUAUAAAUUGCUUUUUAAAUUCUAUGUCAUUACUUUUUGUAGUUUUCUUGAGAUCUUAAAAAUUGUAUUGACUUUGUUAUAAUCCCCUGUUGAAUGUCUUUAUGCCUGAAUCCUGAAUAGAAUGGGGAAUGCAUCAGCAGCCCCCACACCCCCCUCCAGAGCAGCCAUGGAUGCCACCAGCACCAGGCCCAAUGGACAUUGUUCCUCCUUCUGAAGACAGCAACAGUCAGGACAGUGGGGAGUUUGCCCCUGACAACAGGCAUAUAUUUAACCAGAACAAUCACAACUUUGGUGGACCACCUGAUAACUUUGCAGUGGGGCCGGUGAACCAGUUUGACUAUCAGCAUGGGGCUGCUUUUGGUCCACCACAAGGUGGAUUUCAUCCUCCUUAUUGGCAACCAGGACCUCCAGGACCUCCAGCACCUACACAGAACCGAAGAGAGCGGCCACCAUCAUUCAGGGACCGACAGCGUUCACCUAUUGCACUUCCAGUGAAGCAGGAGCCUCCACAAAUUGAUGCAGUAAAACGCAGGACUCUUCCAGCCUGGAUUCGUGAAGGCCUUGAGAAGAUGGAACGUGAAAAGCAGAAGAAGUUAGAGAAAGAGAGAAUGGAACAGCAGCGUUCACAGUUGUCAAAAAAAGAAAAGAAGGCCACUGAAGAUGCGGAAGGAGGGGAUGGGCCUCGCUUACCCCAAAGAAGUAAAUUUGAUAGUGAUGAAGAGGACGAAGAUGCUGAAAACCUGGAGGCUGUGAGCAGUGGCAAAGUCACUAGAAGUCCAUCUCCAGCUCCCCAAGAAGAGCACAGUGAACCAGAGAUGACGGAAGAGGAGAAGGAGUACCAAAUGAUGUUGCUGACAAAGAUGCUUCUAACUGAAAUUCUCCUGGACGUCACAGAUGAAGAAAUUUAUUACGUGGCUAAAGAUGCGCAUCGGAAAGCAACGAAAGCUCCUGCAAAGCAGCUGGCACAGUCCAGUGCACUGGCCUCCCUCACCGGCCUCGGCGGACUGGGUGGCUAUGGAUCAGGCGACAGUGAAGAUGAGAGGAGUGACAGAGGUUCUGAGUCAUCUGACACUGAUGAUGAAGAGUUACGGCACCGAAUCCGGCAAAAACAAGAAGCUUUUUGGAGAAAAGAGAAAGAACAGCAGCUGUUACAAGAUAAACAGAUAGAAGAAGAAAAGCAGCAAACAGAAAGGGUUACAAAAGAGAUGAAUGAAUUUAUUCACAGAGAGCAAAAUAGUUUAUCACUUCUAGAAGCAAGUGAAGCCGACCGUGAUGCGGUCAAUGACAAGAAAAGAACUCCAAACGAAGCUCCGUCAGUGUUAGAGCCCAAAAGAGAGCAUAAAGGGAAGGAGAAGGAGCGGGGGAGUAGGUCAGGCAGCUCCAGUAGCGGCAGCUCCAGUAGCGGCAGCAGGACGAGCAGCAGUAGCAGCUCCGUCUCCAGUUCUUCCUACAGCUCCAGCUCAGGCAGCAGCUGCACGUCCUCUCGCUCCUCAUCUCCUAAGCGGAGAAAGAGACCCAGUAGGAGCAGGUCUCCCCCAGCGAAAGCUAGACGCAGCAGGAGCAGGAGCUACUCGCGCAGAGUGAAAGUAGACAGCAGCAGGACCAGGGGGAAGCUGAGAGAUAGGCGGAGAUCUAAUAGAAGUAGCAUUGAAAGAGAAAGACGAAGAAACCGGAGCCCUUCCAGAGACAGACGUAGAAGCAGAAGUCGCUCAAGGGAUAGACGAACCAAUCGUUCCAGUCGCAGUAGGAGUCGAGAUAGGCGUAAAAUUGAGGAUCCACGUGGAAAUCUUAGUGGGAACAGUCAUAAGCAUAAAGGUGAGGCUAAAGAACAAGACAGGAAAAAGGAGAGGAGUCGAAGUGUAGAUAAAGACAGGAGAAAGAAAGACAAGGAAAGGGACCGUGAACUGGAUAAAAGAAAAGAAAAACAGAAAAGGGAAGAAAAAGAUUUUAAAUUCAGUAGUCAGGAUGAUCGGUUAAAAAGGAAGCGAGAAAGUGAGAGAACUUUCUGUAGGAGUGGUUCUAUAUCUGUUAAAGUCAUAAGACAUGACUCUAGACAGGAUAGUAAGAAAAAUGCUACCAAAGAUAGUAAAAGGCAUUCAGGUUCUGAUUCUAGUGGAAGGAGCAGUUCCGAAUCCCCCGGAAGUAGCAAAGAAAAGAAGGCUAAGAAGCCUAAACAUAGUCGAUCGCGCUCCCUGGAGAAAUCUCAAAGGUCUGGUAAGAAGGCAAGCCGCAAACACAAGUCUAAGUCCCGAUCAAGAUCAACAACCCCUCCCCGUCGUAAGCGCUGAGGAAUGAUGUGGCAAGAAUGCCAUGAUGCUGUUUUUAAAAAUUCCAUGAGUUUAAGGGCUUGUCUCAUUAUAGAGGCACAUUGUGGCUGUGUAGGUGAAACCAGAUUUUUUUUUUUUAUUGUGUAAAUAGGUGUCUUUUUUCCAAAUGCUGCUCCAAGUUACUUAAUAGGAUUUCUUUGUAUUACAUUUUUUUUCAAGAAAUAGUACUUAAUAAGACUAUAAAUAUGCCAUUUCUCUUUCAGCUGUAAUGUUCUCAAAAUAUUCUUGAAUGUACUGUGAUGUCAAUAAAACUAUUUAGUUCAUUUUUGUUAAACUCUU